AAAAGCCAUGAAAAUGCAGGAGGGAGGGGGAGAGAGAGAAUCAAUGGAGGAGGAGAGAGAAAGAGAGAAGGAGAAGGAGAAAGGGAACGAGAGAUGGAGCGCAGCGACCGCGAAUCUCUCGGAGAUGGCCUCCAAUCUCGAGUCACUCCAGAAGCUACUCAUCAAGAAAGCCGUCUAUGUCGAUGAAGAGACCUUUGCCAAGGCCUCUCUCAGCUCCGAACAAGCCCGAACUAUCAAGGCUCUUGAACAAAGAGUAGGGUCAUUAGAACGAGAGCUUGAUGCUGCGAUUUCAGCUGCUGCUCGUGCUCGUUCAGAAAAAAGACAGGCUGAGGCAGCACAAAAAGCUGCUGAACUUCGUGCACUAGAGAUUACAAAGGAGCUUGAAAACACCACGAAGGUAUUUGAAUUGCACAUGGAAGAGUUGCGUGCGAAGCAAGAAGAGAUUUCCAAGCGAGAUAAUGAAAUUAAAUUACUUGAAGCUAUAAUUCAGACACUUGGGGGUAAAGAGUCACGUUUCACAAGUGUGUAAGACAAUUUCCGUUGGUGUAUUUCUGUCACACUGUAUCUUUCCUUGUAAUAUUAUUAGCGAGGCGUUUCUAACUUGUCAAAAGAGAACAUUAUAGCAGGGGACUUUCUGAUGUGUCUUUACUUGUUUUUAUCUUCUUUUUGUUCUUCUAAAAUAUUGGAAAUCUUCUACAAAGGGUUUCAAAUGUUUGUGUGCAGACUUUUUCCUGUAAUGAAAUGUUUGAUCCAAAGUGGAUGGAAUGAUGGGUUCAAUUGUGUUUCUGA